AUGCCUCACUUCAACGAAGAUCGUGUAGGAGAGGAUUGUCCGCUUGAGCCCAUCGCAGUGGUAGGCAUGUCAUGCCGCCUGCCUGGAGGCGUUGACAGUUCAUCAUCCCUAUGGGACCUACUCGUUCAGAAAGGAUCAGUCCAAACCCCACGAGUCCCAGCAUCGCGAUUCAACAUUGACGCCUACCUGCACCCAAACCUUGAGCGCCCAGGCAGCUUCAAUGUUCCAGGAGGUUACUUCUUGGACAAGCCGAUUGAAAGUUUCGAUCCCAGCUUCUUUAAUAUGACGCCUAUUGAGGCCAUGUGGUUGGACCCUCAACAGCGCAAGAUUCUCGAAGUCGUCUAUGAGUGCUUCGAGUCCGCUGGUUUGACAUUGGAUCAAGUUUCAGGCAGCAACACUGCUGUAUUUGUUGGCAGUUUCACCAGUGAUUAUCAGCAGAUGUCGACUCGCGAGCCGGACUUUCGCCACAACUAUGCUGCCACCGGUGUGGAUACGGGCCUCAUCAGUGCUCGGAUUGGAAAUGUUUUCAAUCUACAGGGACCAAGCUUCACAAUCAAUACCGCGUGUUCUUCAUCCAUCUAUGCCAUUCACAAUGCUUGCCAUGCACUACGUGGACGAGACUGCAAUGCCGCUGUUGUGGGAGGAGUGAACUUGAUUAUGACAGUCGACCAGCACAUGAACACCGCAAAGCUGGGAAUCUUGUCACCAACUUCGACAUGCCACACUUUUGACGCCUCGGCCGAUGGUUAUGGUCGUGCGGAAGGUGCUGGUGCUCUCUACUUGAAGCGACUGUCGGACGCCAUUCGCGACGGUGAUGUUAUUCGAGGCGUGAUUCGCUCCUCCGCUGUAAACACAAACGGCAAGGUCCCUGGAAUGGGAAUCACCCACCCAAGCAAACGUGGUCAAGAGCGUGUCGUGCGCUCUGCUUAUGAAAAGGCGCGUCUGAAUCCCGACCGCACCGCGUAUUUCGAAUGCCACGGAACAGGUACUCCAGUCGGUGAUCCCAUUGAAAGUCAUGCUGUCUCGAUGGCCAUGAAUGACACUCGCAGUCUGGAGAAGCCGCUACUUAUUGGAGCCAUUAAGGCAAACAUUGGCCAUAGUGAGGCUGCCAGCGGUAUAUUUGCCGUGAUGAAGGCUGCUAUGAUGACAGAGGCUGCCGUCAUUCCGGGCGUUUGUGGGCUCAAGAUCCUCAACCCAGCAAUCAAGGAGAAUGAGUGGAAUAUCAAAGUCAACGCCAACACCAUUCCAUGGCCAGCAGAAUUCUCUGAGCGCCGUGCUAGUGUAUCUUCCUUUGGCUAUGGUGGCACCAACGGCCAUGUCAUUGUGGAGAGCAUUGACUCACUUUUCCCCAACUACCAGCAGCAUGGUAAAACAAAGCUUGAGGCUUCAUAUGACCACUCGGCUUCUCGCCCUUUCCUGCUAGGAUUUUCAGCUCACGAAAAAGUGACCCUAACACGGAACAUCGUGGCACACGGCCAUGUCGCUGAUCGCUACUAUCUGGCAGACGUCGCUUACACGCUGCUUCAUCAUCGUACCAAGUUCACCCAACGCGCUUUCACGGUCGCUUCCGAGGCCAACCUGGCUGAUGCAUUUGAUGUCACACAGUUCAACUAUGGAGUUUCUCCAAAGGUCACACCCAGUGUUGGUUUUCUGUUCACGGGGCAGGGUGCUCAGUGGGCGGGUAUGGGAGUUGACGCGAUGCGAGCUUUCCCUUCGUUCCGAGAAACGAUUAGACGCCUGGAUAAAGUCCUGCAGAUCCUGCAGCCUACCCCUAGUUGGACGCUUGAGGAUGCUUUGCUGGCCCCCGUUGAGACUAGCCGUGUGUCCGAGGCAGAAUUCUCCCAGCCAGUAUGCACUGCUGUGCAGAUUGCCAUAGUGGACCUUUUUGCUGGAUGGAAUAUCACACCCAAAGUCACCGUAGGCCAUUCAUCGGGUGAGAUUGCCGCCGCAUAUGCUGCCGGUCGUAUCUCUGCUUCGGUCGCCAUCAUCGCCGCCUAUCUGCGCGGAUUGACUGUGGCCCAGCAUGCUUCUCCUGGUGGCAUGCUGGCCGUCGGUCUCGGAGCAAAAGAGGCACUCCCAUACCUUGAAGAUGGGAUUGUCAUCGCGUGUGAGAACAGCCCUGCCAGCGUAACCCUCAGUGGCUCGAUGGGAGCUAUCCAGGCAGUCAAAUCCAAAAUGGAUGCAGCUGGGGUUUUCGCACGAGAGCUGAAGACUGGCAAGGCCUAUCAUUCCCCUCAGAUGGACCCCGUUUCACGUGUCUAUGAUACGUUACUUGCAGAGGCCGUGAAGGGAGUGGAUGCAAAGCCAGUCCUACCCCGGGUGGCCUGGGUCUCGUCAGUCACUGGCCAAGAAUUCACCGCGAACGAUGUCCCCGAAUCCUACUGGAGUACCAACCUUCGAGAGCGUGUACGCUUCAACACGGCCGUUACCGCCAUCCCAGGUGUCUUGAAAGAGAAUGAGAGCAUUACCAUGAUUGAGAUUGGUCCUCAUGCUGCCCUGGGUGGACCAUUUAAGCAGAUUAACAAGGCCGUGAAGGAAAUGGCACGGUUCAACUAUCUGCCUACCUUGAUUCGUGGAAAAGAUAGUGCUGUCCAACUUCUUCAAACAGCUGGGUUCCUGUGGGUUCAAGACUAUCCCCUUGACCUUCGCCGUGUCAAUGCAAUGGAUGCUAGUCUGAAGGUUCGCCGCCCCCGCACACUAGUGGAUCUACCUCCCUACAAAUGGAACUACGAUAAAACCUUCUGGGCCGAGCCUCGUCCAAGUCAAGAGAUCCGCAAGAUGACACAUGCGCGUCACGACCUACUUGGUAGUCGUGUUGCAGGUCUAUCAGAUAGCUCGUGCGUGUGGCGCAAUGUCCUUCGGCACCGCGACAUUCCGUGGCUGGUGGACCAUAAAUUGGGCAAUGCCGAUAUUUUCCCCGCCGCUGGCUAUCUCUCUGUAGCAGCUGAAGCUCUGCGCCAGGUGUGCGAAAACAAAGAUGUCUCCAUAACCGGCAUUACCUUCCGUGAUGUGGCGAUCAAAGUUGCCCUGGUGGUCCCGGACAAUGAUGACGGGGCUGAAAUUCAAGUCCGCCUCUCAGCAAUCACGAAAUACAAGGGUAUGGAUGCCUCCACAAGCGGAUGGUAUGAAUUUGCUGUUGAAUCCAUUCGUGAUGGCGCAUGGACGAUGCACUGUGAAGGCCGAGUUGCGGCGAUAAAUAGCUCUGAGGCUACUCCAAGACAGCAUCAGCACCCUGUCCAAACGUCAGCAUCAGAACUCCCCCAUCAGGUGCCGGGAAAACGCUGGUACGAUGCAUUCCACCGCGUCGGCUUUGAAUAUGGCCCAAGCUUCCAGCCAGUAAGCAACAUUCGAAGCAACGGCCGCGAUCACCAUGCCGCCGCACAAGUGCAAAUCAACACAGAGAGCGGAUUGAUCACUGGCGAAUCUCGAUAUGUUUUACACCCAUCUACCAUUGAUGGUUGCCUGCAGCUCAUUAUCAUCUCUAUCAACAAGGGCUUGCAUCAGGAGAUGCACCAUGGUGUUGUACCGAUUGAGAUCGAGGAGUUGUCGCUCUGGUUCCCUGACGAAAAGGACAUCGGACAUAUUGGCCAGGCUGUGGCAUGGACUGACCAGGUUCGCGGUCGCUACUUUGACACCAACACGAAGUUAUUUACCCCUUCGGGUCAGCUAGUUCUUGAUAUUCAUAAGCUUCGCUGUGUCUCCUAUGAGGCCGCAGUUCCGCAGGUGGACGAGGCUGUGGAGCGCGCUCCUUAUAUGCAGACUGUUUGGAGGCCUGACAUCUCCACACUUGAUACUUCUCAAGCGGUAGCCGCCUACCCCUCCGUGCAGUCGGAUGCCGAUUCAGUGGCUGCAGUGGUUGAGCUCAUGGAACAUCGCGACUCUCUAGCUCAUCUCAUUGUCCUGGGUCGGCCUAGAGACGAAGUCAUCGAGGCAGUGUUGUCGCGGAUCAACUUAUCCACUACUGUGACCAUACUCGAUCAUUCAAAUGAAUAUCUGGACAAUCUUACGGUAGGACAAUCUCUGCGUCAUAUCUCCAAGGUGACGGUGGACCCAUCUGAAGAGUGGAGCAUUCUCAAACUCGCCCCCGCAGAUCUUGUCCUUGCGGGACUAGAAAGCGGUGUCGAUAAUGCCCAGCUAUUAACUGGUCCCCAGCUGCUUUUCCCGCUCACUACAGUGUCUGUGGUCUUCUCGCAUAAACUGGAAGAGAACCCCGAGUUUUCCAAUGGCACUUCGUCACACACGUCCGGGGUGAUCACCUUCUAUCGAGAUGAUAGCGAACAGCAUCUGGCUAUCUCGUUAGGGCAGCGAUUGGACUCAAAGGCAGGGGUAAAGGUGCAACAAUGGCCCCUGUCGGAGGUCACUGAAUUGAUCCCUCAGCCGAACGAAGUAUUCCUCAUCCACGAUAUGAAUGGCAAACUGCUGUCAACUUUGACGGAACAGACCUGGGAUUCCCUGAAGCAGAUUGUUCAGUCUGGAGUUCCAACUAUUUGGUUGACCUCUGGCGUCAAUGAAGGCCAGUGCAUUGAGGGAACAUCUUCUCAAGGCUUCCUUCGCGCCAUUCGAUCUGAGCAAGCCAAGGCCAGAAUCAUUCUUCUUGAUGUGGAUAGGAAUGAAGAUCAAGGAAUGAUUGCUAAGACUCUUGCUAGCCUGCUAGACCAAAUUCCGACGAAGGAUUCGCGAGAGGAGACCGAGUUCUGGCUUCACAAGGGCAUCCUUCACAUCCCACGAGUGACACCUAAUGUCCACCUGAACGGCACCUGGUCAGGUCAAGGGGAUGAAAAGAUUCAGCACACGCCCCUCCCUCAAACUCAAUCACUCGUUGCUGAGCCGGUGGCCGGAGAAUUUAUCUUCCAUGAAGCUGCGCCCGUCGAUGUUGUCGCGAAUGAGAUUGAGAUUCAGGUUCAGCAGGCGCAGUUCUUCGAAACUGAUUUGAGAACAGUGUCAGUUGAGCCGCGAUUGGUUGCAGGUACUGUUAUCCGGGUUGGAGCUGGGGUGGAUAACUCCCUGAUUGGAUCGACCGCUGUCGCAUAUACCUCCGGCCCACUCAGCACACUUGUGAGGACCACGUCGAUGGCGGCUGGUAUUUACCAUGAAAGGAGUUCCAACCUCGGUGCUGCAAAUGCAGUUACUGUCAUUCCCGGCGUUGUUUCCGCUAUCAAUUCUAUUAUGGGAGCUGCCCGGGUCGUUGGCAAGGCAGACCAUCUGAUCCUUCUUCCGGCGCCUUACUCGUUCAUUCAAGCGGCCAUCCGACUGCAGAGAGCUUUCGGAUUUCAACUAACCAUUUUCUGCGCUAAUGAGGAGCAACGGCAACUGAUUUCCUCGGCGCCAGGAUUUGGUGCCGAAAUCCAACUCAAUGUUACUGACAUGGACGAAUUGCGUGGAGUUUUGCAAGCUUCCUCUAAGCAAACCACUCCUGUCUCUAUUGUCAGCCACGAAUGGGACACCCUUAGUCGGGACGCAUGGCGGUCCGUCCCAGCGAUGGGCCGAUUUGUUUUCAACGGUGCUGUUGUGGGCGAAGCCCCUGAUGUGGUUCCUUUCCAGCGCGGUGCCUCUUUCCAGUCUACAAGUAUUGAGACCCUUUACAAGAAUGAAGGUCCAAUCUUGGGUUCUCUGGUCAAAAGUGCUCUCCACUUGCUGGAAGAACAAAUUGACAUCCCGUUCAAUGGUGCCAUGCGGCACAAGAUCACGUCGCCUGUUGAAAGCAUUGCUAACGUUGUAAAAUGGUCUACUGGACUCAAUUAUCUUCAAUUCAACUACGACGAUCUUGCAGUUCAGAUUCACCCUGCUGAAAGAAAGCUGGGAUUCCUACCCAACGUGGCCUACCUUUUGGUCGGCUGUCUUGGUGGCCUAGGCCGAAGUCUCACGACAUGGAUGAUGGAACAAGGAGCACGGGAUUUUGUUUUUCUGUCCCGGUCUGGUGAUGAUAAGCCUGAAGCGAAAUCACUGGUCGAGUCUCUUCGGGUAGCGGGGGCUCAGGUGCAGGUGUUCCGCGCCGAUGCUGCGGAUGUGAAGGGCGUCACAGAGGCUGUGAAUCAAGUCACGUCUCAACGGCCUCUUCGUGGAGUGGUACAUGCCGCGAUGGUACUGCAGGAUGGAAUAUACAACGGCAUGUCUUAUGACAAGUUCAAAGCGGCCUUGGUUCCCAAGAUGGCUGGCGCUCGCACCUUGCACGAGGUGUUGCAAGGACACGCACUGGACUUCUUUGUCAUGACAAGCUCUAUUUCAGCUCUUCUCGGAAAUCCCGGUCAAGCUAAUUACUGUGCUGGUAAUAGCUACUUGGAUGGCCUCGCGUGGCACCGCAACCAGCUUGGCCUUCCGGGUGUCUCUCUUAUUCUUCCCAUGGUCCUUGAUGUGGGUGUGGUCUCAGAAGAUCAAAGUCUCGAAGCUUCCCUAACGCGCAAAGCCAUGUACGGUAUUGACGAACGGGAGAUGCUGCGCGGCUUUGAGGUUUCGAUGGCGCAGCCAGUCCCCCAAGUCGCUGGCCCACACAUUCUUGGCGAUGCUCAGAUAAUCCUCGGCAUGGAGCCUGCCCGCCUGGAGGCCGCUCUCACGGCUUCUGAGUCUGCCGACGCUUACUGGUACAAUGAUGCAUGA